GUCGUCUAGCUGCCGCCGCGGCGACCGUUGCCUUGUCUUCCUCCCGGACGCUUGUGAGAUAUCAUCCAAUAUCCAUGAGCAUCUAUAGGCCAACCGUCACCAUCCUUCAAAAAUAAUUAAAGGAUGGAAUUAUGAAUCCAAUCUGUUAAAUUUCCUCUUCAAAAUUUUAAACUUUGGUUGCUUAACACCGAAGCAAUCAUGGUGAACCUGAGGAAAGCGGUGCAUUCGUUCCUUGUGCACCUAAUUGGCCUACUGGUUUGGCAAUGCGAUAUUUCUGUGAGCCCUGUUGCAGCUCUAGUAACUGACAUUUUCAAUACCUCCGAUGGUGGACGCUUCAAAUUCCCAGACGGGGUACAAAACUGGCCAGCACUUUCAAUCGUCAUCAUAAUAAUCUUGACAAUAGGUGGCAACAUUCUCGUUAUCAUGGCAGUAAGCUUGGAAAAGAAACUGCACAAUGCCACCAACUAUUUCUUAAUGUCCCUAGCCAUUGCUGAUAUGCUAGUGGGACUACUUGUCAUGCCACUGUCUCUGCUUGCAAUCCUUUAUGAUUAUGUCUGGCCACUACCUAGAUAUUUGUGCCCCGUCUGGAUUUCUUUGGAUGUUUUAUUUUCUACAGCGUCCAUCAUGCACCUCUGCGCUAUCUCGCUGGAUCGGUAUGUAGCAAUACGUAAUCCUAUUGAGCAUAGCCGUUUCAAUUCGCGGACUAAGGCCAUCAUGAAGAUUGCUAUUGUUUGGGCAAUUUCGAUAGGUGUGUCAGUUCCUAUCCCAGUGAUCGGACUGAGAGAUGAAGAGAAAGUGUUCGUCAACAACACCACCUGCGUGCUGAACGACCCAAAUUUCGUUCUCAUUGGGUCCUUCGUCGCGUUCUUCAUCCCGUUGACGAUCAUGGUGAUUACGUACUGCCUGACGAUCCACGUUCUUCGCCGGCAAGCUCUGAUGUUACUGCACGGCCACAUCGAGGAACCGCCUGGAAUAAACUGGAACUUUCUGAAGUGGUGCAAGAGGAACGCUGCGGAGGAAGAGACCCCGGCCAACCCUCACCAGGACGGGAACCCACGCCGAAAGAAGAAGAAAGAGCGACGCCCCAGGGGCACCAUGCAAGCCAUCAACAAUGAACGGAAAGCGUCCAAAGUCCUCGGCAUUGUUUUCUUUGUGUUUCUGGUUAUGUGGUGCCCGUUUUUCAUUACCAAUAUUCUGUCGGUUCUGUGCGGGAAGGCCUGUAACCAAAAGCUCAUGGAAAAGCUUCUGAAUGUGUUUGUUUGGAUUGGCUACGUCUGUUCAGGAAUUAACCCUCUGGUGUACACGCUUUUCAACAAAAUUUACCGAAGGGCUUUCUCUAACUAUCUGCGCUGCAAUUAUAAGGCAGAAAAGAAACCUCCAGUGAGACAGAUGCCGAGGGUGGCCGCUACUGCUUUGUCAGGGAGAGAGCUUAACGUUAACAUUUACCGGCAUACCAACGAACCUGUGCUUAAGAAAGCUGAUGACAAUGAGCCCGGUAUAGAGAUGCAAGUGGAGAAUUUGGAGCUACCAGUUAAUCCCUCCAGCGUGGUUAGUGAAAGGAUCAGCAGCGUAUAAUGAGCAGGGUACAAGCAGCACAGUCUUUCCCUACGCAAAGCUACAAAUGUAGGGAAAGGUCUUAGAAUUCUUCUGUCGGUCAUAACUAAUGUAAAUAUCGUUGUCUGAUAAAAAGUGUUUUGUAUAUAGCUUUGCAACCCUGUACUUUACAAUCAUGCACACGACAGUGAGAUUUAGGGGUCUAUAUUUACUGUUUAUAAUAGAUGGAGAAUAACUUAUUUUGAUUAUUUAAUGCAUAAAAUGUUGAUGUUUCUACUAUCCCUCCCUUCCUCUUUCCUUCCCUCCUUCUCCCUCUUUCUUUCGUUCUCUCUCUCUCUCUCUCUCUCUUUUUCUUUUGGGCAUAAGAAAAUGUUGAUGUUGAUCUCAGGUGGCAUUUGCAGGAGACCAGAAUGACGCACGUGCAGUGGUUAUUUCAACCACACCAAAAUUAACGAACUCAGUGGACUCUUUUUCCGGGUUGACAGUAAAUAUACACUUUAAAUUCUUGCUCUGCUCAUCUACACACAUAAACACAGUAAGAUAGGUUCUGCCUUGUGAUACCUUAUCACAUGCAUUGGCGAGUCAAAGGUAGAACUGAGCCUCGUUGUCACAUAUAGGGGCAAAAUUUGACAUUGUCCGGAUGUCGUGUUGGUAUUUUACUACAAUGUCCGUCCCCAUAGUGGUAUUUUAACAUAGCAGCUGGUUAACCAGGACUACAGAAGUGGAAGGAUGAUACGAGAUAUAUACACCAAUAGCUUUUCACUUCUUAAGGACAAUGUUCAAAUUCUGAUUAUCACGACAAGCAAACUGGAAUUAGUGUUUUCAUUCUGGUCCUUAGUAAAUACCUAAUUCUGUGAUUAAACUGGGGAACAAGAUCCCAGAGUUAUUUCCCAAUCCAGGAUUCAACAUCAAUUGGGUUUUGAUCUCAGGAUCCUGGAAAUUCGUGUGCUACACACAAAGUGAAAUUAGCAUUUUGAGCCUUAUUAAAAUUUUUUCAUAAUUAUGGUACCUCUAUCUAUAGGACCCAAUUUCGCAGUCCAUUUUUGAGUAAAACUUGUGCUGGAAGCAUAGAUGAUCAAAACCUUGGAAGUUUUACUUGAUUAAGGACUACAGAAUUAGGCCCUUAGAAUGUGAAAAAAAAAAAAGUAAGUAAAAACAAGCUUGUACUGAACUCUGG